AUGGCUUCCGAACCCAGCAAUACUUCCAACAAAUUAUCAGAACAAGAGCCAACAAAUGGCGCCAAUCUCCCAGCGCAGCCAUCCAGCGCAACUGAGCCUGCCGAUGAGAGCAAACCUACUUCAGACAUCAAGACCUUUAAUGAAGUGAAAUCUACCGAUGAGACGAAACCCCACUCACAGGUUCCCACAUCUGCAGAUACAGCUCCCAAGGAAUCUGUUACCGAGUCGAAUGUGGGUGAAAAGCGGGAGCACGAAGUAAUACCCACGACAGUGGAAGCUGCCAAAACUGGCGCCGAUGAUGCAACGGAGCCUGCAACCAAGAAGAAGAAAAAGAAUGAUGCGGAGAAGAACGGGCCAAAGACCGUUCCAUCAAUUCCUACGACUGCGAAGCACACCAAGAAAGGCCAAACUACAAAUGGGGACAAGAAGAAGGAUGGGCGAUCGAAAGUUGCAAAGGAGCCUGCCAAAAGAGACCCUCCCAUGGAUGGAAUUAGUAGUCGAACUCGCAGUCGCACUAAGGUUGCUCCUUGA